GCGGAGCCGAGGGGAGCCGGGCAGUUGCGGGAGUAGCAGGGCGAGAGUUGGGAGGGGGUGUGGCUCCCAGGGCAGCGCGGGAGACUCGGGGGUCCUGGGGCAGCGAAAGGUGGCCUCGCCGCUGGGAAGUGAGGGCAGCGAGCGUAGCGAGUACGCUGCGCGCCUGGUCGUAACUCAACCUCCUCCACCGAACGAGGCGGCGCGGGAGCUGCACUUGCCUAGUCUGCGCGUCCGACUGUCUCUGCCCCGCCGGGGUGACUGCGGCCGGGCGGCCAGUCAGGGAGAACCAGGCUUCCUCGAGAGCCCGGCCCGCGCCUCCGCUAUCGCGAAGAGGAGCCGGGUGGGCGGCGGGCGCGCUUCCCUGCGGCACCGGCAUGACUUCUCUGGGUUCUUCUCUGGCGCCCUUGCUGCUCCUCUCUCUGCACGUACUGAGUUGUGACAGUGCUUUAUAUAUUCUGUAUGCAAGUGCUUUAUCAGGUGUUGCAGCUUCCCUGGACGUCUCAGGGAGCCCUGGGAGUGUCCAGGUGGCCCGAGGUCAGACAGCAGUCCUGCCCUGUACUUUCACCACCAACGCUGCCCUCCUUAACCUCAAUGUCAUUUGGAUGGUCAUUCCUCUUGCUAAUGCCAACCAGCCUGAGCAGGUCAUUCUGUACCAGGGUGGACAGAUGUUUGACGGUGCCGCCCAGUUCCACGGUAGGGUAGGAUUUACGGGCACCAUGCCAGCCACCAAUGUCUCUAUCUUCAUUAACAACACUCAGCUGUCAGAUACAGGCACCUAUCAGUGUUUGGUUAACAACCUUCCAGAUAGAGGGGGCAGGAACAUUGGGGUCACCGGUCUCACAGUUCUGGUUCCCCCUUCGACCCCUCACUGCCAAAUCCAAGGAUCCCAGGAUAUCGGCAGCGAUGUCAUCCUGCUCUGUAGCUCAGAGGAAGGCAUUCCUCGACCAACUUACCUUUGGGAGAAGUUAGAUAAUACCCUCAAACUACCUCCAACAGCCACUCAGGACCAGGUCCAAGGAACAGUCACCAUUCGGAACAUCAGUGUUCUGUCUUCAGGUCUGUACCAGUGCGUGGCUUCUAAUGCCAUUGGAACCAGCACCUGCCUUUUGGACCUUCAGGUUACUUCCCCCCAGCCCAGGAACACUGGACUAAUAGCUGGAGCCAUCGGCGCUGGUGCAGUUAUUACCAUUUUUUGCGUUGCACUAAUUUUAGGGGCAUUCUUUUACUGGAGAAGCAAAAAUAAAGAGGAGGAGGAAGAAGAAAUUCCUAAUGAAAUAAGAGAGGAUGAUCUUCCACCUAAAUGUUCUUCUGCCAAAGCAUUUCACACCGAGAUGUCCUCCUCAGAGAACAACACAUUGACCUCCUCCAAUACCUUCAACAGUCGAUACUGGAGCAACAAUCCAAAAGUUCAUAGAAACACAGAGUCAUUCAAUCACUUCAGUGACUUGCGCCAGUCCUUCUCCCUGCACUCAGGCAAUGCCAACAUACCAUCCAUCUAUGCUAAUGGGAGCCAUAUGGUCCCAGCUCCACAUAAGACUCUGGUUGUGACAGCCAACAGAGGGUCAUCACCACAGGUCACGCCCAGGAACAAUGGCUCAGUCAGCAGGAAGCCUCGGCCUCAGCACACACAUGCCUGCACCGUCAGCCGAGCGACCCUGGAGCGAAUCGGUGCCGUCCCUGUCAUGGUGCCAGCCCAGAGUCGGGCCGGGUCUCUCGUAUAGGACAAGAGCCAAUAGAGCGUUCAGAAAAGAACCAGUGAAAUGCUCCACACAAGAGGCUGGGUGUUGUGGAUAAGUGCUGGGAAAGAAACUCUUUCCUUACCAUGAUUCUAGUGAAAAGCACAAGAAAGCAAAUGCUGUCACCUGGCCACUAAGAUUUGUGACAUGAACCAGAGUGCUCUGUCAUGAAGACUUGUUUCCCCUCCACAGACGUCCUAGGGUUCUACUCAGAAAGCUGGAUCUCAAAGAUGUGCCAAGCCAAGGAAGAAGAUAUAAGAGCAGAAUAGCACGAAAAAUCUAAAUUGCAUUCAGGCAGGUUUGUUCUUUUGUUCAUGUGUAAUGUAAUAGUUUUUCAAGAAACUAAAGUGCCAGAUGGAGUUUAAAUAAUGAAAUUAUUCUAAAAGAUAGGCGUCUUUAGAAAAAAUAAUAAACAUCUUGGGAUAUCUCCCAGCUCUCCCCAUGCCCUCUUCAUGUAGGGGGCGAAUGGCAUGAAUGGUUCCUGUCUGUCCUAGCAGGACUGGCUCUUGUGUCACAGAAUCAAAGCUUUUUACACAAGCAAAAUUCAGUUAGAAAUGGGAGAAAACAAAAGAAACUUCUUUGACAAGCCCAUUUAUAUUUAUUUAUUUUUUGAACCACAAAUUUCAUAUUUGGAAUAUUGCUCUGUUGACAGAUUCUUGCCUGUCUAUGUUUUUUCUAGGGCUUGCCAUAGGUCCAUGACAGUUGCUGUUCAUGAUUUCCUGGGAAAGUUUUUUUUUAAACUAUUGGUUUUUUAAAAGAAUACAUGAGGGGCGUUGCAUGAAGGAAGGAAAAGACUGUUAUUAACACCACGUUCAGUAACUAUUCUUAGGGCCCACAGAUGUCCAUCACAAAAGAGGCCCCCUGUGUGGGGGCAGCACAGGAGAGAAGGCGGGCAGGUCCCAGGGCCCAGAACUUUCCUGGCAGCCUCUCGGGGCGGCAUCCAGGUCUCCCUGCCAUCAAACUGAGUCACUUGUAAUGAGGGCAGCACCCGAUGCCUUUUGUCUUGAGGUAGACAACUUUCUCCUUGUUUGACAAGUAGGGGUUAGGUUAUUAGGUAGUUACAGGGCAGGAGAUGUUUUCUUUUUUUUUUUUCCCAAAAUAAUUAUUUUUGUAAAAGAUGAUACUGAGACAAAAAGGAUGUAUCUUCAGGUAUGCUCCUGGGAGGGUCUGCCCUGUAUUUUUCAGAGCUCAGGGUUGCAAUUGUGUCCAAAUGCAUUUUACACCCCUAUAAAGAGACGCCUUUUGUGAUUAAUUACCUGGUGUGGCUGGCUGUGGAGUUCAGCAGGUAACGUACAAACUCCCCACUCUAUUUUGUGCUAUGUAGAGCUGGCCAUACUUGGAUUGGUGACUAUAUUGCCUUAAUCACACUUUAAGCAACACACAAAUGCUUUCUUCCCAGACUUAAAAAAAAUCAUUUAUGAUACUGACCCCAUGAUUCCAUAAGAGCAUCUUUUCUUUUCCCAGUGUUGCCUCUCACUCCCUCUCCCCACUAUGUCUUUUGCCCUCUUUUCUUGCAAGCAUUGCCACCACAGGGAGUGGCCUCCUGAUUUUUAGACUUACUUGAGUAAAUGGAAACCAGCAGCUGCUGCAUACACAGUCUCCAAGAGGGCUAAGCUCGGAACCUAACCAUUCCGAUAUUGAUGAAAAGCUAAAUUUACUUUGGUAUUACUUAUUUUUUUAUUUGAUGGUUCUUGACUUUGUAAAAAUUUAAAUGUAAAUGUCUAUCCUUUUUAAUAAAGUGAAAAUACCAUGACACAGAGAAGAUGAUAAUGUCAGAUAUUGUUUAGAAAGCAUUUAUCUUGCAUUUCUUUAUUCUUUCUAAUUAUCUAAAAUUUAAUAAAAGUUUAUUCAUACAAAAA